AUGACAUCGGUCAAACCAUUACAUCUGGUCAAUUCGAUCCUACCACUCCAUUAUGAUCUACAGUUGGAAUUAUGUCCUUCCAAGGUGAACUUUAAAGCGACAGAGAUUAUAGAUUUUAAGCCAGGUACGCAAGGCGAGGGUCUACUACAAAGAUUUGAACUGCACUCUAGGGAUCUGGUUAUUCUGAGCGCUACCCUUAAUGAUGAUAUUGCUGUAAAAGUUAGUUAUGACAAAGAGAAUCAAUUAGCCCUUUUCAAUCUUGACCAACCUGUUGAUGUAUUAACUAUGGAACGCAUACAAUUGACCUUGAAAUACAUCGGUAAAAUAAAGACCAUCAAAACUCGGGAGGAUGAAACUUCUGGUGUGUUCAAGACAAAUUUUAUGAACCAAGAAACAGGAUUGUCCGAUAAUUUCGUUGUUGCGACUCAUUGUCAGCCUUCUUAUGCGAGAAGUAUUUUCCCAUGUGUCGAUGAGCCUUCUUGGAAGACCACAUUUCAAUUGAGCAUUAAAACUUUACAAAAAUAUGAAGUUGUCUCCAACGUUGGCCAGCUCUCCUCGGUGGCAGAUGAUAACCAAGAUUAUAAGACUGUUAGAUUUGGGGUCACCCCUUUGAUGUCAACUUCGGUUUUCGGAUUUGUACUUGGUGAUCUUGAGCAUAGUACUUCUCAGGCUACUAUGACUCACUCUAGUAGGAGAAUUCCCAUCAGUGUUUAUUCUCCAAUGAACAUAGGCGAUUCAAUCUUCUGUCUCGAUAUUGUUCAGAAAUACCUGCCUCUUCUGGAAGAAUAUUUCAAAGCAGACUAUCCGUUGGACAAGCUAGAUUUUGUCCUGCUGCCAUUCCUGACGGAUAUGGCGAUGGAGAACUUUGGUAUGAUAUUUGUGCAAAUGAACCACUUACUGUUGCCUCCCAGCAUGCUCGCAGAUGCCAAAACCAGAGAGCAGGUUCAGCAGCUAGUUGUCCACGAAUUGGUUCACCAAUGGAUGGGUAACUUCAUCUCAUUUGAAUCGUGGGAAUACCUUUGGUUCAACGAAGCUUUCGCUACGUGGUGUGCGUGUGUUUUACUUGAACAUACCGGCGAUAUACCAAACUACUGGACAUCCAGCGAAUAUUUACAGAACCAAGUUGAGAACACGAUGCGUACUGACGCCAAAAUUGAGACUUUGAGUAUAUCUGCCAUUUCUAAAAAAAAUACUACAAGCUUAACCUCUCAGACACAUGAUUUCUUCGACCCUCAUUCUUACAUGAAGGGAAUCGCGAUCCUUAGAUCAAUGCAAGUGUGCAUAGGUGAUGAAUUGUUCCGUUCAGCUCUACAAGAGAUUUUCCAAGAAGCAAGAUUUCACGCUAAACCUAUCAAGCCCAUUGACAUUUUUGUGCGCAUGGGUGUUUUGUUAAAAUCUGAGAAUAUUGCUCACUUCUUCACUUCUCUGUGCCAGACACCUGGCUUGCCUGUGGUUAGUGUUGAAAUAGUCAAAUCGGAAUCUGCAAUCACUACGCGGCUAACUCAGCACAGGUUGCUGACUGCGAAACAAAAGAAUUUGGAAGAUGUUCCAUACCAUGUUCCACUUCUCAUUCAAUUACCAGAUGGUAAAAUAGAUCAGAAGAAUGUUCUUUUGACCGACAGAUCAACUACUCUGAACUACCCAAUCGUCGUCUGCAAUCAUGAUGCUCAAGGUUUCUACAGGGUAUCGUACGAAUCUAUGGAGUGCUAUGAUCAAAUCAACAAAGAAGUCGCGCUAGGGAAACUGUCAGCGAUAGAUCUCGUCAAGGUUUUCAGCGAUCUUUCAUUUUUCGUCGAACAUAGUGCAAAAAACAUCCACAUGGUGGGGCUCUACAGUCUUUUGAAGAAUCUGGCGUCGAACGAAAUGGAUUUGGAGAAGAACAAAGAAUAUUGGGCUGGACUUUGUGAAGGAUUGAAAAUCUUAGACCUGCCAAAGUUGAAGAGCCUCAAGUAUAACUGUGCUUCUUCAGAGAUACUUGAUUUUAAGGCAGGUAUUCUCAAACCGUUAGCCAACAAAAUCAAUAGAAUGAACUUCAAGAACCCUGAUCAGUAUCAGCUUGAAGUCAUGUCUCAACUGAAGACAUUGAAGAAGAAUUAG